AUGGCCACCGACGUCGGCCUCUCUCGCGCAACAUUUGCCAAGCUCUCUCCGCACCCGUACCUCCUGGCCAACCUCGACCCGUCGACCGAUGACGUGCCUCCCGGCCGAAGCAACGGCCGCACCCCCAACGAGGUGCGCACCCCGACAGUCAACCAGUCCAGCCUCUCCCACGCCCACGGCAGCGCCGUCGUGCGCACGGGUGACACGACCGUCAUCUGCGGCGUCAGGGGUGAGACGCUCGUCACCUCUGCCAUCCCCAAGUACCGCGCGUCCAACAGGGCCACGGAGCUGCGGGACUACGACCUGAUCGUGCCCAACAUCGAGCUGGCCACGGGUGCGUCGCCGCAGUUCCUGCCCGGCGGUCCGCCUACCACGCUCGCCCAGACUCUCAGCACGAGGAUAUACUCGCUCCUUCACAGCUCCAAGCUCAUCGACCCAGCCGACCUGCGGAUAUGGCAUACUAGGCCAGCCGAGGAGGCAGAAGCAGCAGCAGCAGCAGCAGCAGCAGCAACAGGGGCAGAUGAGAUGGAGGAGGAUAAUGAUGAUGACGAGGACGAUGGCGAGAGUCGGGAGGACGUCGUUGCCUACUGGGUCCUGUACAUCGACAUCUUCUUCGUGUCGUUUGACGGCAACCCCUUCGACGCCGCCUGGGCCGCCACCCUCGCUGCCCUGCGUGACACUGCCCUGCCCCGCGCCCGCUUCGACCCGGACAGGGAGCUGGUCAUCUGCUCCAGGAAGGAUCCCAGGCCGCUCGCCAUCUCGAGGAACCCCAUCGCCUGCACGGCCGUCGUCUUCACUGGCAAGGAGACGGAUCGUCCCACCGAGGGUGGCAGGUUCUGGCUACUCGUCGACCCGGACGCGCUCGAGGAGUCGCUCUGCGACGAGUCCCUCACCGUCGUCGUCGACUGCUCCGGUGGCAAGACGGAGAUUCUAUCCGUUUCCAAGCACGGGGGGACGAACCUGGGCCCAAAACUGCUCGCCUCGGACGAGUUUCUACAGUGGACAGGCCAGCGAUGGAAGGGAUUUGUAGAUGUUAUAGGUGGCCAGGCAUGA